AUGUCGACGUUCGGAGAAUAUUUCAGAGUCACCACAUAUACCAGCUAUGGCGAGUCACAUUGCCGCUCUGUCGGCUGCAUCGUCGACGGUUGUCCUCCUGGCAUGGAGCUCACGGAGGCAGAUAUCCAGCCCCAGAUGACCAGAAGAAGACCCGGACAGAGUGCUCUUACAACUCCCCGGAACGAGAAGGACAAGGUAGAGAUACAGUCCGGAACUGAGUUUGGCAUCACACUAGGCACUCCGAUUGGCAUGGUGGUGCGGAACGAAGACCAACGGCCAAAGGACUAUGGAAACAGUACUAUGGACAUGUACCCCAGGCCUAGCCAUGCAGACUUCACUUAUCUGGAAAAGUACGGAGUCAAGGCUAGCAGUGGUGGUGGUAGAAGCAGUGCGCGAGAGACCAUCGGUCGUGUUGCUGCUGGUGCGAUUGCGGAGAAGUAUCUCAAGCUCUCCCAUAAUGUAGAGAUUGUCUCCUUCGUCACCUCUGUUGGGCAUGAGCACCUCUUCCCUCCAACGGCCGAGCAUCCGAGCCCGGUAACGAACCCAGAGUUCUUGAAGCUUAUCGAGACUAUCGACAGAAAGACCGUCGACUCUUUCGCCCCCAUCCGAUGCCCCCAUGCAGACGCUGCCCAGCGAAUGACCAAGUUGAUCGAGCACCAUCGAGACCUCUCUGACAGCAUCGGAGGAACAGUCACAUGCGUUAUCAGAAACGUUCCCAUCGGCCUGGGAGAGCCGUGCUUCGAUAAGCUAGAAGCUAAACUGGCGCACGCAAUGCUCUCUAUCCCCGCUACAAAGGGCUUCGAGAUCGGAUCUGGCUUCUUAGGCUGUGAGAUUCCCGGGUCAAUUCACAAUGACCCGUUCGUGGUCGAUACCAACGGCACUGGAAAGAGGUUGACCACCAAGACGAACAACUCCGGCGGUAUACAGGGAGGAAUCUCCAACGGAGCAUCCAUCUAUUUCCGCGUUGCCUUCAAGCCACCGGCGACUAUCGGACAAGCUCAGACCACCGCAUCUUAUAGCUUUGAAGAAGGUGUCCUUGAAGCCAAGGGCCGACAUGACCCAUGUGUGGUGCCGAGAGCCGUCCCCAUCGUCGAGGCCAUGUCCGCCUUGGUCAUCAUAGAUGCACUCAUGGCACAGAAUGCCAGGGAGGCCGCGAAGAAUUUGCUCCCCCCACUACCACAGACCCUGCCAACAAGGCCAACCAGCUCUCCGGCCCAGGCCAAGAAUGAGCAAGCGAAAUGA